CUCGAUCCUCAUCUCCUCUGUGGAACCAAAUUUCUUCGCCCUUUACAAAACCCUUGUUCCAGAUUUGUAUGUUUUGCUCGUUUUCUGAUUAUUUUUCGAGUUUUGUGAGUCGGGAUUAGGAAUUAAUCCGUAGCACGACGGAAAAAAAAAAUGGGUCUGUCGAGUUUUCCUAGCCCAACUGAAGGUAUGCUACCUUUACUGGUAAUGAACACAGUUAUUUCAGUGGCUUUAGUAAAGAAUUUGCUGAGAUCUUUGCUGCAAGUGGUGGGUUCUAAUGGCGGCGGCGGUGAGGCGGAGCAAGAUUUCGACGAAGAUGCUUCAAGAACCCGAAGAGUGUCACUAACCCGGUACGAUUCUUUAUGUAGAAACAGAAGUGAUGGUGGAAGGCGGCGCUGCCUUGAUAGUGGUGGUUGCUCUGGCAGUGGCGGCGCCGGCGGCAGUAUCUGGCCUACAAUGGAGUGUUGUGUGUGUCUAUGUAGAUUUGAAGGUGAUGAGGAAGUGAGUGAGCUUUCUUGUAAGCAUUUCUUCCAUAAAGUGUGUUUGGAGAAGUGGUUUGAGAAUCAACACACUACUUGUCCUCUUUGUAGAUCCACCAUGUAACUAUCAAGAAUUGUGUGGAUGGAAUGGUUUAAAUUUGUUGGCGUAUUUGGUAGGCUGGACUCGAUCGAAAAUGAGUUUUUGUAUUUUUAUUUUAUUCAAUAUGUUGAAGUUUUGUCGAGGUCGAGAUCGACGUCGAGAUACCAAACAUAUAUGUAGUUCGUAAUAAGUUGAAAGUGUAGAAGUAGAUUAUGCAAAAGGCCAUGGACAAAAUUUCAUGAUUUAGUAUGUGGCGAGGUCACAUUUGAAUUCAAUAGAUACAAGGGAUGUUGUGUAGAUCGAAUCGAAUAUUGUAUUAAAAUGAGUGUGCGUGUCUUUUAAUUUCUUGAACAUAAUUCCCUAAUUUUCUUUUCUUGUAUAUAAUAUUUACAGCAUUAGUGUCCAGUGUGUGACAAGUUAAA